CUCUCCAUAAGAGAGCAGAUGUGUGCAGAGGAUGCCAACGUAGUCAUCAUCAUAGCAUCACCAUGUGCUUAGCUAGCAAGAUUGGGUUUUUUUUCUAGCUUUAAUAAUGCAUUGGAAGGACGUAUCCGUACGCUGAAUUCUGUAGGUAAGAUUUCAAGAGCAGUUCAGCCCUCAGGGUGAGUUUGAAGAGGAGUGGUCAGUUACCCAGAAUUCCACAGGAAGACAUUCCUAACCCCCAUGACCAUGGCUCCUCACCCUGUGGUGCAGGCUGUGAUCGACCUCUCUGCAGGAGCCAUAGGAGGCACAGCCUGCGUGUUCAGCGGUCAGCCCUUGGACACCGCAAAGGUGAAAAUGCAGACCUUUCCCUCGCUGUACAGGGGUUUCGUGCACUGCUUCCUGGCCACGUACAGGCAGGACGGGCUGCGGGGUCUGUACCAGGGCACCACACCAGCUCUAAUGGCCAACAUUGCUGAAAACUCUGUGCUGUUCAUGAGCUACGGCUUCUGCCAGGAGGUGGUGCGCAUGCUGUCUGGGGCCCCUGGUGGGGCUGCACUCAGUGACAUGCAAAAGGCAUGUGCAGGGUCAGUGGCAUCCAUCUUCUCUUCACUGGUGCUGUGCCCCACAGAGUUGGUCAAGUGCCGUCUACAGGCCAUGCACGAGAUGGAGGCAUCAGGCAAGAUUACGACUGGGCAGAAGAAUACGCUAUGGUCAGUGAUGCGGUCGGUGCUGCGGAACGAGGGACCGCUGGGUUUCUUCCAGGGUCUCACCACCACCAUUGCCCGGGAGGUGCCUGGGUACUUCUGCUUCUUCGGGGCCUAUGAGCUCAGCCGUUCUGCCUUCGCAGAGUACAUGGGCAAGAGCAAGGAUGACAUAGGUGUGGUCCCGAUUAUGUUCAGCGGAGGGUUUGGGGGCGCAUGCCUCUGGCUGGUGGUGUACCCCAUGGACUGCGUCAAGUCCCGAAUCCAGGUCCUGUCCAUGACAGGACGGCAGGCCGGCUUCUUCAAGACUUUCAUGGGCGUCAUGCGGACGGAAGGUGUGAAAGUGCUGUACUCGGGUCUUACCCCCACCAUGAUCCGGACGUUCCCGGCCAAUGGCGCGCUCUUCCUGGCCUACGAGGCCAGCCGCAAGAUGAUGAUGCAACAGUUUGACAGCUGACCUGUGCCCACACUUCAUCCUUCUCCCCCUCCCCACCGGCCCAGGACAAACAUUCAGGACCACACUUUUAGCUAAUUUAUCAUCCUUUUGUAUUUUUGAUUUAUUUGUGGACAUUUGUUCCUGGAUUUAGGAGUCUGGGUCAAUCUUACUCCUCUAGGUUAAAAUGAAUCAGAGAUUCAUUUCAACUGAUCUGCCUUGCUGCAUGCAAGGUUUAUAGUCUGAAUAUUGUGUAUUCUGUAUGGGUAGAAUUAUAGAUCCAGUAUUUUUAGUCUCCAAUAUACUGCAACUCUAUUAAAAUUGGGGCUGUUUUAGUGAUGUUAACCGCCAAAUGUUUAGUUUCAUGGUUUUAACCAGCCACAACCAUUUCUCAACUUUAAGUAGACAGUUUGUGCAAUAUUGCUGUUGUGUAUUUUCAGUCUUACCCUUCUGCAACACUAAAACAUGAGUUAAUUCUCCUCCAAUCCAAUGUGCAGUAGUUAUGAUCAAAUAAAAAUUUGGGAAGAGGCUGGCAUGUUUUGUGAAAAAAUUAUAUUGGUUUAUUACUAGUCUAGUUUGCAAAACAUUUGCUCAAAGCAUGAAGUUCAGGUACUUUACUGGAAUGAUAAUUUCUUGGAAAACUGCACAAAAAUAACAAAGUUUGUUACAAA